AUGAACGAAGACAUCCCAUCACACGUCAUACAGCUAGCGGAGCACUGCCUAAAGAACACGUAUUUUAGAUACGAUGGUCAGCUCUAUAGACAGACAGAUGGCGCCCCAAUGGGGUCAUCACUUUCGCCAGCGAUAGGAAACCUGUUCAUGGCCUAUUUCGAAGCUCAAGCGAUCCGAGAAAGUCAACUCAAGCCGAAGCUCUGGAUCCGAUACGUCGACGACAUUUUUAUCCUAUGGUCCCACGGGGAGGCUAAGCUAGAUCAUUUUCUAACUUACUUCAAUUCUUUACACGAUAGAAUCGAGUUCACCAUAGAAAAGGAGAAGGACAAACAACUACCAUUUCUGGACGUCCUUUUGACACGAUCAGACGGGAGAAAACUGCAACAUCAAGUAUAUCGCAAACCUACUCGCACCGACAGGUACCUGAAUGCACAAUCGCACCAUCACCCUAGUCAAAUCCAGGCCGUUGCCAAUACUCUGAUCUGCAGAUCGGUGAGACUCACAGACGAAAUCCAUAACAAGCAAGAAAUGGAAAAAAUCACACGAACACUGAGAGACAAUAACUAUACGGAGUCUACUAUACGAAAUGCCAAGAGGACGAACACAAGGACACGGCGAGACUCAACUAAAGAACAGGAAAGGGAAGACAUACCUUCAACUACUUUGCCAUAUGUAAAAGGAGUAACUGAUCAAAUAGGAAGGAUUCUGAAACGACAUCACAUCAGAACAACAUACAAACCACACAAAACAGUGGGUCAACUAAUAGGAAAUCCAAAGGACCCUUCUCACCUAGAAAAUCAAGGAGUUUAUCUGAUCCCGUGUAGAGACUGUCCAAAAUAUUACAUAGGACAAACUAACAGAAAAAUAUCAGCCAGAAUCGAAGAACACAAACUGGCUGUAAGCAACAAACAAAUAGCAAGAAAAAAAAUGAGACUGCAUCACUCUUGUGCGAUAAAUUAA